ACUGUGAAAGCUACGCCGUUCGGUUGCGAACGCAACUAUCGCGCGCAUUUCGUAUUCGAAUUUUGAAAUAUUAGAAAAAAAAUAUAGAUUAAAUAUUUCGUUCUAAUCACAUUGCAUAGAUAAUAAAAUAUCGAUUCGAUUGUUUUUUUUUUGUGGCCGAAAUUGUUCGAAUUUUAAAGUGAAUUUGUGUUUUCGAGUGAUUUAAAAAAUUCAAAAAUGUUUGUGGCGUCUGUGGCCGUGUAAUUCGAUUCGACUAGGAUUUUUGACGGUAGCCGACCAACAACCAGCCCCCGUGGAGAUGCAGGCCCGACACAAUCUCUUGUGGCAUUUGCUUAUCGAUCUCCCUAUAUUAUUAUUGGUCGCAGCAGUAUGCAUACUGCUAGAAGUGGGGGCACUCCCGAGCAGGCAGAGCGGCUUUCGAUGCAACGACCCGGACCUCUCGUUCCCGCACACCGGCGACACUAUCUCCAUCUCGCUCGUCGCAGCUGUCACUGUCAUUGUGCCUUUUAUUAUUAUAUGGGCAGUAGAAGCAGCCCUCCACAGGGACGACGAAUAUACGAUAAAGAAGAACAAACUCUCCGCUAGUGUUGGCACCGCUGGGCUCAUAUACCGGGACUACAUAUACGGCGCGGUGGUCAACUUGACGGUCAUGGAGGUCGUCAAGUGCGUGGUGGGGUCGCCGCGGCCGACGUUCUUCGAUUUAUGCGAGCCAGAUAAAGCUAGGACUUGCAAUGAUUCGGAGUACGUAGCGAGCUACACAUGCACCUCGACGCGAUACUCUCGGUACCUCCAGAUAGACGCCAGCAGGAGUUUUCCCUCCGCCCAUACCUCGCUUGCUGUGUACUGUGGAUUGUUUUUGGCGUGGUACCUCCAACGCCGUGCAUUCAGUUGGCACAACCGGUCGGUCCUGAUCGUGCCGCUGGUGCAGAUCCUCUGCAUCAUAUACGCGGUGGUGUGCCCGCUGACCAGGGUCACGGACCACCGGCACCACUGGUGGGAUGUGCUCGCUGGGGGUAUCAUGGGGCUGGCCAGUUUGGUGUAUACUGUAUUAGUCCUAUGCAAGAACUUCUGCCAGCCCUCCGUAGUGAGCACGAGCGAUAUCUCCAGCAGCGACGGCAACAACCACCAAUCUGUCCGACGGCUCCUCGCCCACGAGGCAAGAGUCGUGGUCCCGUAGCCCGUGUAGACUUGUGUAGUUUGCGCAGUUUGCUUGAACGUUUGAUGAAGACGAAUUUGUUAAAGAAUAGCAAAAUGAUAUGCUUUUUUUUGUGUAUUAGUUUCUGGGUCUAUGUUUUUUGAAUUAUCGUUGUGGGUGGUUAAAGGAAAUCAAAUCAAAUCGUUUAUUGCUUUGAAAACAUGCCAUCAAAUAAAAUGUUUAAGUAACAAUGUGUUUGUUACACAUUGUUACAAACAUAUUGUUCAUGUAUAUCAGUUUCUGGUUCUAUGUUGGUUAUAGUUUUCUGCGUAUGACCAUGUUCUAUGAUUGUAAUAGUUUAUGUUUAUUAAGAGAUUAUGUUCAAGAAUACUUAUCCAAAUAUUUGAAAUAAAACGGUAAUAUAUCGUUUCAACGGAAGGACGUUUUCAAAAUUAAAACUAUACUAGAUUCAUUUAAUAACUUUAUUUCUACACAGAAAAACGUUCAUGCAAAUAAAACGUCAAACUGUCGUGUGGAUCCACAAUUAUUAUUAAAAAAAUUAGCUGACGAUUGGCAAUUAAACCGUAGAGUAAUUUGUAAAUAAGUAAAUUGGAUUGUAUAAAUUGGUUAACAUCGAAUUAAUGUAGAAAUUGAUAAAAAUCCGUUCAUCGAAAUAUGUUUAAAGUUUAGUUACCUUUGUUAUUUAUUUAAUGUGUAAAUAACACGCAGUAAUCCCUUUAAUUUAAUAGAUUUGCUUUAAUUUCUAAUACAUUAAUUUUAUAUUUCAACCUUUUGUAUAUUUAUAGCGGAUUUUUUUUAACCUCAUGUAAUGUGAUUUUUAGAAUCUAUUGUCUGUAUAACAUUAUCAUAAGCAUUAGCUUAGAUAUAGAAAAUGGUCGAUUUUUAUUUUAUACGACUUCGAAAACGAAGCAUAGAAAUAUAUUUCCGCCUUGUGCAUUUAACAAGGUAAAGCGAGGUUUGUUACAAAAAACUUUAUUUUUAAGAUUUUUCCAAAAGUUGGUAUAACCUACAAAUUAACAAAAAACAGUUGUUUAUUUUCUGUCUUGAUUCUAUUGUUAUCAACCAGUGACUAAUUAAAAACAUAAUAUAAUAAUUUAUUCAUAAGGACGUAGGUAUGUUACUGCCAAUUUUCAGCUUUGGAAACUGACAAAUUGUUAGGCUACUUAAUGAAUAUCGACUGCGCCCUGCUAUGCUAGCCUUAUUACUUAUGAAAUAACCGUUUCAAAGAUCACAGAUUAAAAUAUGACAAACAAUGCAAAUAGUUUAAUAAUAAUGUCAAUUUUAUAUAAAAUAUUUAAAGUUUUUCACUGGCAGAAUUAUUGAACGAAUAUUGAACAUACUCGAAAGGCGGGAAACUAGUGUUCCUGUCAACGCAAUGUAAUAAAAUGACAGCUAAAAGCGCGGGAAACAAUACCGCUCGCUGAUUGGCUCAGUGAAUGCACGUGAAUGCUACCUUUUUUUUUUCUAUUUUCACAUUUGUUAUUUCUGGCCGGUAAAGUUCGAUUAUUUCGUAAUUUUUUCAUUUGAAAUUGCAUUUUCGAAAAAAGAUUCACGUAGGUAAUAUUAUAACCAAUGAAAGUAUUUACUAUGUAGUACCUGUCUAGUCGUAAGUAGUUUUAGUCUAUUUAUAUUUAUUUAAGGACAAUCUUCUGUUACCCACCUAUUUUCUGUUAAUAAAAUAGAUUGCGGUGAACAAAUGCUCUUUUGAGUGCUAUUUUGUAUAGUGUCUAGAGGUUUGAUUGAAAAAUAUUACGCGUAAAUGACAAUAGUUUUCUUCUUAUUUUAUAUAAAUAAUUCUGUUAAUCUAUUGACAUGUAUCUACUUACAUAUUUUGUUAAAUAUCAUUAACUAUUAUUGUUCACUUUAUUGUAUGUUUUGUUCUUUAUAUUGAUAUCAUUUUAAUUAUGACAAUGCCACCAUGACAGUCUGUUCAUAGAACAUAUUCAUAAAUUAUCUUUAUUUUAAAAGAAAUCAUGUAUUUUUUUAAUUCUGUUUAACGUCUAUGAAAAUAAUGUUCUAAUAAUAAUAAUUAAUCAGAAAGAAAGAGGUAAUUUCAUCAAAGGCGCCUUUUCAGUACAAAAUAUUAUUUUAAAGACUAACAUUGUGUAACUAAUACCUUUAUAUUCGAUUAUGUAUGUCAAUAAUCUAUUUAUUUUCAUUAUAAAGUACAUUUAUUUUUUCGUAAGAACAAUGCAAAUUUUUGUGUAGUUUUGUGUAUGUGUGUGUAAAUGUGCAAUCUAGAAAUUUCUUUUUCAUACAUUCCUCUGCAUUUACGUGUGUUUUGUAAAUAUGUAUUAGUGUAGCAUUAGAUAUAAAUAAAGAGUUAAAUUUUU